AUGAGGUCCUUGACUGAAGUUGAGACAAAGGUAGUGUUUGAGAAGUUGGCAAACUAUAUUGGCAGAAAUAUAACAUUUUUGAUCGAUAAUCCAAACGAUCCAUACGUUUUCAGAUUGCAAAAGGACAGAGUAUAUUAUGUCUCUGAAUCUAUAGCCAAGCUCGCUACCUCAGUUAUGAGACCAAAGCUAAUGUCCCUAGGAACUUGCAUCGGUAAAUUCACAAAGACAGGAAAAUUUCGUCUACACAUCACAGCAUUACCUUACUUGUCCAAAUAUGCUAAAUAUAAGAUUUGGGUGAAGCAGAAUGGCGAAAUGCCGUUCAUGUAUGGAAACCAUGUUUUAAAAGCACAUAUUGGAAGGAUGUCUGAAGAUAUUCCAGAACACGCCGGUAUCAUAGUUUAUUCCAUGAGCGAUAUACCCAUCGGUUUUGGAGUAAGUGCCAAAUCCACUAUUGAUGCGAGAAAUUUACAGCCUACCGCAAUAGUAGCAUUUAGACAAGGAGAUAUUGGAGAAUACUUGCGUGACGAAGACAGCCUUUUUACUUAA